AUGAAUACUAAUCCAUCAACAUUUCGUUUACGUACUGAAAUUCGUUGGUUUCUGAAAGAAAAUUAUUCAAAUGUUAUAUUUAUUGAUGAUAUUAAUUUAAAUGAAUUAUAUGAUAAGAAAAAACUUGAAAUAAUUCUUGUUGAUCAUCAUUAUUUACGUUCACAAUUAAAUAAAGUUGUAAUAGAAAUAAUUGAUCAUCAUCAAAUAAAAGAAGAUUCAAUUAUUUUACAAAAUUCAUCGGCAAUUAAAAUUGAACUAGUUGGUUCAUGUUGUACAUUAAUUGCUGAAAAAUUACUUACAUCAAAUUUUCAAAUGACAGAAGAAAUUGCAUAUUUAUUAACUGGACCAAUUUUAUUUGAUACAAUUAAUUUUUCACCAAGUGCUGGAUUAUCGGUUCAAGAUUUAUUACAAAAAGAUGCUAAACAAAUUGUUACACCAAAUUUGCGUCUUAUUAUGUCCAGCUUACCAACGAAUUAUACAGUUGAAAAAUUAAUUGGAGAGUUAAAAACAAUGAACGAUAUAAAUGAAUUUUUAUUAAAAAAUGAUAAUGCUGAUGGUGUUAUUAUGACUUCUGUAGAAAUUAAGAACGAAGAAACAAAACGUCAAUUAGGUUUUUAUAUUAAAAAAAUUGAAUACAUACAACCGAUUUAUGAAUAUAUUCAAAGGAAAGAACUUAAACUUAAUUUACAUGAACGUACUUUACCGAUGAAUCACCAACAUAUUAAAUUUUUUGAUCAAAAAAAUGUUCAUGCAUCUCGUAAACAAAUAUUACCAUUUAUUGAAAAAUUUAUCAGAGAUUUUAUUUAA